AUGCAAACUCCCAUCUACAAAUUCGAACCAACCGAUUACGAUGUGGUGUACGAGCCGGCCGAGGACACCUUUUUGUUGCUCGACGCGCUGGAAGACGAGCUGGAGGACAUCGGGCGCCGGCAACCGCUGCUGUGCGUGGAGAUUGGCCCGGGCAGUGGAGUUAUCAUCACGGCACUCCGCCAAUCACUCUCCCUCGCAUCCAAGGUAGUGCCUCACUGUCUUGGGUUCGAUAUCAACCCGGCAGCGUGUCGGAUGACGCACCGGACGAGUGCACUGAACGGAGCGGCCGUCGAUGCGAUCAACAUGGAUCUACUCGGUGGUCUUCGGUCCCACACCGUCGAUCUGCUCGUCUUCAAUCCGCCGUACGUGCCAACCCAGCCGGCCAGCAGCGGAUCACUUGAGGAGCACAUAGGCGAGUUCCGGCGAUCGGAACCACUAACCCACUCGUGGGCGGGCGGUGCGGAUGGGCGGGCCGUCACCGAUCGUGUCGUUGCCGAUUUGAAGCGUAUCCUUGCUCCCGGUGGCCUGCUCUAUCUGCUGCUGGUGAAAGAGAACAAACCGCAAGAGGUUCUGCGAUGCGUAGAGCGGCUCGGCUUCCGGGGGACCAUCGUCAAGGAGCGGCGUAUCCGCGGUGAACACCUUUUCGUCCUGCGAAUCUGCGAGACCGAUGCACGAUGAGAGAAACCGACGGAGGGCGGAUGGACGGAUUGCACUGUUUCGACAUUAUUCUUUUAUUUUUCCUUCCGUUCGCACUCGCAGAGCGCGCCCGGCUCGGCAAUACGCGUCGAGCGCGAACGGUGCGUUCGUACAGUGGUCUAGAGAAUCGUAAAAAAUAUGUACACAUUAUCGAUUUGUGAUCGGAUCGGCCUCCUUCUCUCAGAUCGGCUUGGACAGAGACAGAUAAGCAAACGCACGGUGCCGGAGAAAUCGGAACAGGCGUCUCCAUCGGUUGCUUUGGGAUUUGGGUUCGCGAAUUGAUCGAAGCUAGCUAACGGACGAAAUGAAAGUUAGUGGCCGCCAGUGUGCCUGCUUUGUAUAGCCUUCUUUGAUGCUCGUUAUUAUUCGAGAUGCGGUAGACUGGGGUCCCGAUUUAUGUAUAUUGCCGAAUAACUUGUGUUUCGUUUUUCUUGUAAUUAGCGUUCUGUGUUUUCCUUGCGCGUAUCCUUAUCAUCUCUCUAGUCCUUGGCUACGCGCCCUCGCGUACACCAUAUCCAUUACACGACCUACACGGUUUCCAAUAUACAAAUAAAAUCUCCAUAAAGUAACAUC